AUGGUCGCGCUCGUACUACGUGGCGUCGUCCGAAGCAUCCGAUACGACCGAACUCAACAGAAGGUUCUCUGGCCUCAACCCGCCAACGACCCGAACGACCCGCAAAAUUGGACCGAUUUCCGCAAGACUGUGCACCUGAUCAUCAUUACAAUGUCUGCAGUGGUACCUGACUUCGACGGUGGAAUUGGAAUCGCGUCGAUAUUUGGCCUCGCUCAAACUUAUGACACGACCUCGGGUGUCAUCAACGAUCUGACGUCAAACUGGAGCAUCUUUCUUCUGGGUUGGGGAGGCAUCUUCUGGGUCAUGCUCGUGAGACGGUAUGGUCGGUUGCCAGUACUCUUCUGGAGUCAGCUUUUUGCGCUUGCAUUCUUGGUUGGUGGCACAUUGGCGCCGAAUCUAGCCACCUUUGCAGGUAUUCAUACAAUAAUUCGGGAUGCGAUGUUUGAGUGGAUUCUUUGGGCAGGUCGUCAUGUUAUCCAUGCUGCGCUUCAACAUUUACCAACCUCCAAGGGUCUUUAUGUCGUGACGGAUAUCUUCCCCUUCCAUCUUCAAGCACGGAAGCUGAACAUUUGGACUUCGGGUUUCGUUCUAUCGCCUUACCUAUCACCAUGUGUAUUUGGCUUUUUUGUAGCGCAUGUGAGCUGGAGAUGGGCCUAUGCUAUAGGAUCUAUCUACAACGCCAUCGUAUUACUUCUCAUCGUGUUUUUCAUGGAAGAAACCAUGUAUGAUCGUCACCUUGCAUCGAAGCCACUGCAAAUUUCUACGGGACUGCGAUAUCGAUUUGAGACUUUGAUAGGCGUCACUGGGUACAAGAUGGCAAAAUACAGAUCACGAUGGCCGGAAGUUCUAUUGGCAUCUUUGGAUGUCGUUUGGCGUCCUCAGUUUUUCUUCGUAGUUCUCUUUGAGGCAUUGGUCUUCGGGUUCUCGAUCGGCUUGAAUACGACAAAUGUUGUUUUCAUGGGAUCUCCUCCUCCCGUCGGAUUUGGCUUCAGUCAAUAUGCGGUCGCCGUCCUUAUUGGCGAGUUCAUUGGACGUUACGUCAAUGAAUUCAUCAUGGAUCUGCAUAUUCGCAAAAACGGUGGUUUCUUUGAGGCCGAGAGCCGCUUGUGGACCUGUUACUUAGCCAUGCCGCUUUAUAUCUGUGGCUUUUUGACGCUGGGCGCUGGGGUACAAAAUCUCAGCGAAGCCGCUCUCAUCAUGGGCUGGGGCAUUGCGAUCGUUGCAAUCACCCUCAACACUGUUGCAGUGUACGCAUAUUGCAAUGACUGCUUCCCUCGUAGGGCAGGCGAAGUCAGUGCCCUGUUAAACCUUGCAAGAGCAUUGGGCGGUUUUGCAGUCGCAUAUUUCCAAGUCCCAUGGGCUACAAAAUCUGGAGGAUUGGUGGUGUUUGGUGUUGAAGCAGCGCAAGUGAUAUCACUUGACACACUCGAAGAGUCUGACGGUUUUUACAGGCUUGUGAUUGCUUUGUUUUUCGUCGCCGUUCCUAUGAUACAACUGAAGGGAAGCUACUUCCGAGCACGUUAUGCCUUAUAA